GCUCCCUUCACUAAAUCCAUUCUCUGUUACAUACUAUCAACGAAACUGGUAGUCGUGCUGCUUCUAUUUUGGGGCUUUUUUUAAUCAGUACGAAGAGUUAGAUCGGCAAAGCUGUUCUUAUACUCUGUAGAGAGUCGAGCGCUUCCGGCCAAGUGACAGCCAGUCAAGCACCCAGACCCGAUACCAUCCGAUCUAGACUAUUCCGGAUCCUUCCACCCUCAAACAUGUCUGUACUAUCACAAGAUGUUCAAUUCAAGCUUCGUGGUAUUGUCGACGAGUACACGACCGGGGGUUCUGAGAGCAAGAUCCCAGGUCUCGUCUACUCCGCGUUCAGAAAUGAUGGCGAGCCAAUCUUUCAACAUUACUCUGGCUUGAGGGGAGUCACCUCAGAAAGCCCCAUGUCAGAAGAGACUAUUUUCUUCAUGGCAUCUUUCACAAAACUGGCAACAUCAGUCGCGUGCAUGCAACUCGUCGAGCAAGAGAAGUUGCGCUUAGAUGAUGCUGAUCAAGUUGAAGCCAUCUGUCCUGAGCUACGGGAUGUCAAGGUGUUGACUCGGAAUGAGGACGGAAAACUUGAGCUUGUUGAGAAAGUUAGAAGAAUAACUCUUCGGAUGCUUCUCACUCACACGGCUGGUUUUGGAUAUGCUUUUGAGGACGAGAAGCUGGCCGAGUUCAGUCGCCCCAUUGGGUUUGAUGACUUCUCCGGAGAAGCAAUUGACACAGCAAAUCGACCUCUGGUGAACCAGCCUGGCGAGACGUUCCAAUACGGAGUCUCAAUGGACUGGGUUGGCGUGAUAAUUGAACGCACGUACAAGAAGUCACUUGAGGAAGUCUUCAGAGAGCACAUCUUCAGGCCCCUGGGGAUGAAUCAUGUCACUUUCCAUCCUUCACAUGAACACAAGUCGAAUUUGGCGUAUAUGCAUCGCAGAAGCCCAAGUGGCAAGUUGAGUACUACAGAUCACUUUUAUCGGCGUCCGCUUCUUGCUCAGGAUGGCGAGAAGGUUCCAUGCGCUGGAGGACACGGGUGCUUUGGAAGACCAGCAGAAUUUGGGAGGCUCAUCUCACUGCUGUUGAACGAUGGGCUAGAUGCACAAACUGGGGUUCGGCUACUCAAAGCUGAGACCGUGGAUGACAUGUUCACUGAUCAAAUCCCCGAUAAACCACGAUUCAGCAACGUCAGUGUCCCCGUGGCCAAACCAGAACUGGCAAACCCAACUCCCUUGACCCCAAUGCCUGAUGAUCACACCGAGGGCUGGGGUUUAUCAUUUUCUAUCAACCACUUCCCAGAGUCAACUGGCCGUGCAGCUGGAUCAGCGUCUUGGGAGGGACUGGCUAAUCUCUUCUGGUUCGCUGAUCGCAAGAACAAUAUUGGUGGCAUUAUCGCUAGCCAAAUUCUUCCAUACGGUGACGCAUUGGUACUGGAGUGCUCGGAACGGGUAGAGACCGAAAUAUACAAGGCGUUGCAAGUCUAGACAUGAUCAAGUCCUUGUUGUAAAGAUGCUUCACUUUAUUGAUAGAGAUCUUUAGUUUCAAAAUCUCAUCAUAAGUAUAUCCUCUUCGCU